GGCAAGAGGGGUCGAACCGCACUUUCCCUCCUUGCUCACCCACCGUCCUGCGACUGCCUCCACCUUCAAAUUGAGACGGUCGUUACUUCCCCUAUCGACACAGAAUCUGCCUCCGACUUCGACUCUGACUCUUUCUCGGCUGGUGACCUGUCACUUCAGAGCUAGCUGAGACCUCGGCCUCAUGUCUCGCUCAAGGUCCCUCUUCGCUCCCGCCGCGCUGUCGCCGCAAACACCGUAAACGAUCAACCAAAAGCAGAAUGCCACCUCACGGGGCCCAGCAAGAUGUGGUCGGGGGCCCCCUCUCAGGAGCGCAGGUCGCCCGCUCGAAUGAGACUGUCAACUUCUUGCUAGGAAAUCGACGUCCAGCAUGGAUGACUUCGCAAAACGUAGUACCAUCAUCCCACGGCCCUCUUACGAAUAAGGGACCGACGUCGAGAAAUCGGCAGGACGUUCAAGGUCCUCAGAUGGCCCCAACGAGAGCAUCUCAAAAACAGCCUUCGACACACGCUUCAAACACACCUUCUGCGCCAGGAGCCGUCACGACGUCUACUUUCCGAUCGGCCGACAACUUACAAGACAAGCCUGCGGCUGCGCCUGCGCCUGAAUCUAAUCAACUCACAACUGAUUGCGCAGCCGCUCUUCCAUCUCCGGCUCCGACUGACCAACCUAGUCCACCCACAGUCACAUCGAACCAAACCUCGCGUCAGUUUCGGGAUAGUUUCUUUCAAAGUCCAGAGCUGGGGCUCGAUCUCGCAGCCAACACCUCAAACGUAACGACGGCUUCAACAGGGGACACCCGCGCCCAGGAAAUACCAGCCGAUGUCCCGGUGCAAGAUCUCUCAGGGGCUGGCUCUGGAACGGCAGCCAUAGAUCCGAGCAACCCGGUUCCUCUACCAACAGAUUUUCAUUCCUCCGCAAGGUUCUCCCUCUUCGAACCCAGCGAGCACCCAGGGCUCUUCCACUCUUCAGAUGCGCUCCUUGAAAGACCGCCAAGCUCAGUGCCACCCUCUCUUGUCCUCAACUCUCAAGCCGCGCCUAGCCCUACGCCCAAGUUACCAUCUCGACCGCCAUCUCGACCGCCAUCUCGACCGUCGUCCGGCCAGAAAUCAAGACCGACAGCAGCUCUACAGCCGCUUGCUACUGGUCACCACACGCCACAGUCUGCCGGCCAAAGCAAAGAUGACUAUCACCGUACCGGACAGCCCACAGGAAGUAGUCAGGAUCCGUCAGACAGCUUCCGUCAAGUAGUCAUGGCCAACCAUCUCGACAGCUACGUGUCUAAUCGCGGCGGCAUGGCCAAACUCCCAGAAGACGGCACCACUGCACCUAGAGUACGACUUCUCAAAGACGCCAUUGAGAAGGCUGAUUACUUCUACAUAGUGCUUCACCAAAUCCUUUGUUUAUGGACGCUUGACACAAAAGGCGCAUAUGACCUCCUUGGUCUUCCUCCUAACGUGACGGAGAGCGCACUCAGCAUUGUGCAGAAUGUCCUUCGGAAGAACAUAAACAUGAGCCAGGAGACAGUUCUCUUCUUCGCAAACUUUCCAGCUAGUAGCGCUUCUGGGCUAUGGGCUACUGAUGCCUACCGCAAGCACAUCGGGGAAAUCUCCGGGUUCCUAAAUAACCUCCACGAGCAGUGGAACAGAAUUUUAAUUCCUGCCAUGAGACCUCACUCAGGUAGAGGUUAUCCUAUCUUGGCAGACGAAUUGCGCUAUCAACUCAAACUUCGGUCUCCGAUUCUAGAGACUAUUUUCUUCACUGUCACUAGGAGACAUACUGGUGUCCAAGACGGCCCCAUCGCCGAUCAGAUGACUGUGCUAUUCCGACAAGAUUCUCAGAAAGACCAAACACAGAUGUCCGAAGAGGAGCAAAGGGUGUUCCAGCACUCGCUGAUCUCGCGAUACAAGAUCUUGGUCAGUCAGAGUCAGCAGCAGCAACAGCAGGAGCAGCACCAACAGCAGGAGCAGCACCAACAGCAGGAGCAGCACCAACAGCAGGAGCAGCACCAACAUCAACAGUUGCAGCUGCAACAGCAAGUUUAUCCACAGCAAGUGCCGCAGGACUACGCCAGAGCAUCCGCCAUGGCACGACAGAAAAAUGCGAUUGGCAAUUUUAGAAGGAUGUCUACGAACUUUUCCCCAACCCAGGCUAGAGUGCCAACACCGACACACAAUUCUCCAACUCAAGGAUUUGACAUGUUUCCGUCCCCAACGGCUGAAAGUCUGGCCAGGAUGCCAAAUACCUUCAACCAACCCAUCGGACCAGUGCCAUCACAGUUGAGGCUGCUCAGUCAAUCCCACGCGAACCAGCCCCUGACCCCAACAGGCUCGCCUCACUACCCCAGCAUGCAAUUGCCGCAUGCUGGAAUGAUGGCACAGGCUCCAGGGCAGACAUCUCCAGUUCUUCGAGCACCUCCAGGGGGGCUAUCAAUGUCCAUGCCAACCCUGACAUCGCCUACGCAGGCCGUCGCCCCCAGUCCUCCACGAUAUCAGGUUCAACCCCAUGGUCAAGGUUAUCAACUUCUCCAGCAAGCCCGCGAAGCGGAUCAAAGGCAUCUUAGGUCCCGGCAAAUGGAAAUUGCCCAAAACCAAGCCCAGGCUAUUGCGCAACUGCAAGCCACGAGCGUGAGCUCCCCGAGGCCGCAACCACUUCCUUCUCUGCGGCCCCAAGUAAUGCAGCCCCAAGUAAUGCAGCAAGGGCCGUCUCCUGGAGCAUUUGUGCGGACACCGCCAACGCAGCAGUUGCCUUCUCCUCAAAUUGUUGCACCUACUUCGCAUGCGAGCCCAAGAGGUUUGGGAAUCACGCAGGGAGCUCCGGGUACGCAAAUAACAAGGCCUCCUUCAACUGGCUCGAGGCCCACUCGUGACGCAGCAGGACGGCUCAUAGGCAACCUGUUCCGACCACCCAACGUAUCGAUACCGCUAGAUCGUAUACCUCAUACACCAUGGGAACCAAAGGCUGUGGGAGUCGCACUUCACCAAGUCCAACUUCGGAGUCCAAGACGAGUGCCGCGAGACUUACCCUGGUCGGAAGACCAAUCGACGCCCAUUAGGUUCUACCAAGCCAUCAAAGAGCUUUCUCUAGGCCCUGUCGCAACACCGGCCAAGCACUGCGUGCACCGCCUUGUCUUUGUGGUGCCCGCCGAGUACUACAGCAAGCUCUGCCCAACGAGCAAUUUGAUAGGCGACGGUGUGCCAGUCUCGAUGUACUUUGAAGGGUCUCUACGAUACCGUCUUCGUCUCUGCGAAUUGCCACUCAGCCCGGACGAACCGGCAAACAUCUCAGAAUCUGUCUGGGCAGUAGCACAGUCUUACUGGCCUGAACAUAUCGCCAUCAGGGUCAAUGACAAGGUCGUUGCGGUACGCCGAAAGCAGCAUAACGGACAGCACCUGCCUGCAGAACUCACUCCAUAUAUACGCCCGGGCACGAAUUCGAUAGCUGUCACCAUCACUCCCACGCCCGCGACUCAAAAGCCAAAUACGAUGUACUUUAUGGCUGUCGAGGUGGUUGAGACGCUGAGCCGCGACAACAUUGUCAAUAUGGUUUUGAGCCAAGGCAUAAUCUCGGCGGAUACGACAAAGCAAGUUAUCCGGAGCCGUCUGGAACCUGCGUCUGCCGAUGGGGACGAUGAGUUAGUUGUGGUUGGCAACGAUCUCAGCAUUGAUUUAGCCGACCCUUUCAGCGCCACGAUAUUCAAAAUUCCAGCGCGCGGCGUUGGUUGCACGCACAUGGAGUGCUUUGACCUAGCCAACUGGCUGCAAACCCGGCCGGUCAAGCCUAGGUGUACCGCGCACGGGGCGGGCGAGGCAUGCCGCAUCUGUAAUCGCGGCACUGAAGGGAGACCUGAGCCUUCCUUGGUUGACAAGUGGAAGUGUCCUCUCUGCGACGGAGAUGCUCGCCCGUAUAGUCUUCGAGUUGACAGGUUCAUGGAAGAUGUCCGCGACAGCCUCGAGGCUGAGGGCAAACUUCAUACGAAGACCAUUUAUGUUAGGGCUGACGGAACGUGGAAAGCCAAGGAAGAAGAGGCUGAUGACGAUGAGGAAGAGAAUGCAGACAACGGCCAACCGCCAGCUAAACGGGCCAAGACAUGGCCGUCGAUACCAGAGCCAGAGAUCAUCGAGCUGGACUGAUUGCGAGGAGGCCAGAGCUUCGGGCGAUUGAGAAGGCACGUAGGAGAUGGCCCUCCUUCCUGCUCUGGGAGAAAUUGCUUUUUUAUUUUACUUUGCGCAGGCAUUGGGAUGCCGGAAUGAUACCAUCUGCAACAUCUGGGCGUUUGGGGAAAUCGCGAUAGGGUGGGAUACCCUGCAUCAAGGCAUCGAGAUCCUACUCGCUUUAUGAAGAGAUUAGGAGAGACAACAUGAUCUUAGCCAUCGACUUUAAGCGACAAUGACGAAGAGUGCUGGGAGCAAUAAUUAUGUAGCUUUCAAAGCAUGUGUAUGAUUACACACAGCAUUUUAGUACCAACCAACCUGUCAUGUUAUCGCCGUGAGACGAAUCUACUCAUAUGAAAGAUGUACCUUUGGCCUAACUCAAGACGUGUUCAGCUCAGCCAUGAAUGCACUUUUUCCA